AUGGUUUUCAGAUCCCUCAGUCUCUUCACUGCAUUCGCUUCGGCUUUGCUCUUGUUCAGUGAGGCGACCGCUCAUAAACUUGCCCCACGGGCGGCCGCUUCCUCAGGGCCUGCGCUCACCGUGCACGGCUGCCUCGUCAACAAUGUCACUCUGCCACCUCUCGACUUCCCGUACAACGCGCUCGAGCCCUUCAUCAGCGCAGAGAUCAUGACGUUGCACCACACCAAGCACCACCAAGCCUACGUGACAAACUACAACAUCGCUGAGCAGCAGCUGGCCGCCGCCGUGGCAACGGGAGAUGUGCACAAGCAGCUCGAGCUUCAAAAGGCCCUCAACUUCAACGGAGGAGGACACAUCAACCACUCGCUCUUUUGGAAGAAUCUCGCCCCAAAGUCGGCUGGAGGUGGUCAGCUCAAAGACUCAAUGCUCAAGAGCGCCAUCGUCAGGCAAUUCGGAUCGCCCGAAGGUCUCCUCAUGGCGGCCAACAAAACACUUUCCACUCUCCAAGGAAGUGGAUGGGUCUGGCUGGCCUACAACCCCGUCACCAAGAUCCUCGAGCUGACGACGACAAAGGACCAGGACCCCCUCUUAAAUAUGGAUCCCAUCAUCGGCAUCGACGCCUGGGAGCACGCCUACUAUCUCCAGUACAAGAACGACAGGGCUGGCUACCUUGCUCAGAUUAUUCAGGUUAUCAACUUCGACGAGGCGAUCCGCCGUUACGUGGCAGCUGUCGACAAAGCCAAGCCUUAGAAAUUUGUUAUAUGAUCAAGAAUGUCUUCUUUCCCCCAUCCUGCGAUCUCGUCUCGCCCUCUUGAACAUUACAUCUUGAUUUUGAUGAAGGAGGCGGUUGUGUGGAAGCGGGCCAUCAUAUGUCUCUUCGCCAUUUCGUUAGAGGGUUUGACACGUGGACGCGUUGAGCCUGCGCUGGCCUUGCACCUUCCGCGACUUUUAGCUUUUUGAGAGUGCACGCACAGCCAAGCCCGCUCGGCGCCGUCGACGACCAGCGGCCUAUUCUUCCCUCGCCUCUUUUGCACUUUCUUCUUCUUUUCCUCCUCGAGAAGAUUCG